AUGGCGAAACUCUUCGGCUGCCCAAUCAACGUGAAAGCAGAGGAAGAAGACGACGACGGUGGUAGCUCAAUCGCCGCAGAGUUUUACCGAUCUGGUAACCAGCCGGACUACGAAGCUAUAAGGGAAACCAAUCCGUACAUCCGUUUCCUGGAGUCGAUUUCAGAUCCCGGAUCGGUUUCGAUGGAAUCAGAACCCGAUCGGCAUCACUCCUUCAUCGAUUUCUUCGGUCGAGAGUCGUACGUAGGCUCGAAUCAGCGGCUAAGCACUUCGCGUGCUUUCGAUAUCUGGGAUAUUCAAGACAUGGAGGAGGAGGAGGAGGUAGAAUUAGGGCUCCGAAUCGGGUCCGGAUCCGGGUCGGAUCAUUCAGGCGAGUUAGGGCUUCAAGUUACCAGGAGUUUUGAAAUCGAUACGCGUAUGCUCGAAAUUGAUUCGGGUCGGGUCGAAAUCGGGUCGAGUCGGGUCGAAAUCGGGUCGGGUCGGGUCGAAAUCGGGUCGGGUCGGGUCGAAGUUGAUACGGGUCGGGUCGAAGUUGAUACGGGUCUGGUAGAAAUUGGUACGGGUCUGGUCGAAAUUGGUACGGACGAUCUCUUGGUUGAACACGUGGAGCCGCAGAACGAGAUCACGUGGGGUGUUCCGGAACCUGUCGACCCCCAAGAAGAAGUAGGAGGAGUAAGCUCGUCUCUAGAGCCCAUGGAGGAAUAUAAUCAAGAAUGGCAUGGUGGUUUAUUUGAUGGGUUCUUUGAAGAAUCUGUAGAUUUAGUGAUGGAGGAUUUUUUCGACACCCUUUUUCCGGAUAUAGAUGUAUACGCUGCGAACAACAGAGACUACGAGGAUGUUAUAGCACGAACGUUCCAUGAGUCUGGAACCAAAGGAAGUCCACCAGCUUCCAAGAGGAUGGUGGAUGAGCUUCCUGAUGUGGAUGUCACCUCUGAAGAGUUGAGCAUUGGCUGCGCGAUCUGCAAAGAUGAGAUUGUGGUGGAGGAGAAAGUUAAGAGGCUUCCUUGUAGGCAUUACUAUCAUAAAGAGUGCAUUGUGCCUUGGUUAGGGAUAAGGAAUACAUGUCCGGUUUGUCGGUAUGAGCUGCCUACUGAUGAUCUUGAGUACGAAAGGAAUAAGAGAUCACGAAGGGGUUUGGGGAGAGACUUGAUGUCAGAGUAG